AAUAGUGGGCAACAUCUUUCCGGUAAUACGUUUGUAACUAACUUUAGCAUUAUGGUUUUCAAUAUCAAUAUUUGAUAUUGCUUAUCUGAAUACUAUAUUAUCUAAAACAUUGUUGGUUAACAAUCAGUGGAUAAUAUUAUACCGUUUUCUUUGUUAUAAGUUCAGUUUUCUUUGUUGUGAGGUCACUCUAAUAGGAAUAGUUUGAUUGAAACGUUUAUUAAAAUGUUGAAAAGUGCGCAUGUCCUAGUGAACUUACGUCUUCUUAUGAAGAGCCAAGAUCCCCCGCUGGAAGCAUAUAUUAUUCCCAGCGAAGAUGCUCAUCAAAAUGAAUAUAUUUCAAAACAUGAUGCGAGAAGAGCUUAUGUUAGUGGUUUUGAUGGCUCUGCGGGUACCGCUGUUGUUACAGAAAAUCGAGCCUUAAUGUGGACAGACGGGAGAUACUAUCAGCAGGCGGAGGCCCAAAUGGAUUCAAAUUGGGAGCUGAUGAAGGAUGGUUUGCCCACAACUCCUUCUAUAGGCAAAUGGAUCUCAGGAAAUAUACCCAAAGGCAGUAAUGUUGGUGUAGACCCACAACUUCUCUCUUAUCGCCAGUGGAAACCUAUUCAAAAGGAAUUAAAUUCUACAGAAUGCACAUUACUUCCCGUUGAAGAAAAUUUAGUAGAUAAAAUUUGGGAGGAUCAACCAGAGAUUACGUCGAACUCCAUUAUGUACUUAGAACCACAAUUCUCUGGCGCAACAAUCGCAGAUAAAUGGAAGAUUGUUAAAAAUCAAAUGUUGGACAAAAACGUUAAAGCUUUGAUAGUUACAUCUUUGGAUGAAAUUGCAUGGUUUUUAAAUUUACGUGGAUCUGAUAUUGACUUUAAUCCCGUAUUUUUUUCGUAUUUAAUUGUUGAAACAGAAAAUAUUAAAUUAUUCAUUGACGAAUCAAGGCUUCCGGAAAAUUUUGAAAAAUUACAGGAAGAGAAUGGAGUAAAUAUUCUUAUCCUGCCAUACGAAUCCAUUGGAUGUAGCUUAAAGACCACAAUAAAUUCUUUAACGGAAGAAAAAAUAUGGAUUUCCCCUAAUUCGAGUUAUUAUUUAUGUUCCCUUAUACCAAAGAAGUUAAGGGUCCUAGAAAUUACACCAAUCGCAUUAAACAAAGCUAUUAAAAAUAAAACUGAAAUAGAAGGAUUCGUAAACUGCCAUAUUCGGGAUGGGAUAGCGCUUUGUCGAUACUUCGCUUGGCUAGAGGAUUCUAUUAAAAAUGGAAACAAAGUCGAUGAAAUUUCUGGAGCCUCGAAACUGGAAGAAUUUCGAUCUAAAAACAAACAUUAUAUGGGUUUGAGUUUUGCGACGAUAAGUUCAAGUGGUCCCAAUGGUUCUAUAAUACAUUACCAUCCAGCUGAAGAGACUAAUCGUCCUUUAACACUUAACGAAAUCUACCUAUGUGAUUCCGGUGCCCAGUAUCUAGAUGGUACGACAGAUGUUACGAGAACCUUUCACUUUGGCGAUGCAACAGAUUUUCAGAAAGAGGCUUACACCCGUGUUCUAAAAGGUCAAUUAUCAUUUGGAUCCACGGUUUUCCCUUCAAAAGUUAAGGGACAAGUACUCGACACUAUCGCUAGAAAAUCGCUAUGGGAUGUUGGACUGGAUUACGGACACGGUACAGGGCAUGGUAUUGGAUCAUUUCUUAACGUACAUGAAGGACCAAUGGGAGUUGGAACUCGUGCUAUGCCGGAUGAUCCCGGAUUGCAAGAAAAUAUGUUCAUAUCAAAUGAGCCAGGGUAUUAUCAAGAUCGCGAGUUUGGCAUUCGAAUUGAAGACAUCGUGCAAAUUGUUCCAGCUUCUACAACUUAUAAUUUCUCCGGUAGAGGUGCUUUGACAUUCAAAACGAUAACCAUGUGUCCAAAACAAACAAAAAUGAUUAAACUAGAAUUACUAAACAGUGUUGAGACUCAACUUCUGAAUGAUUAUCACAAAACAGUUUGGGAAACACUAUCACCAAUUUUACGAGAAGAAAAAGACGAAUUUACAUUGGCGUGGCUGGAAAAAGAAACACGCAGCAUCUAAUAUUUGUAUUUUUUGAAUUUCAAGUUAAAAUAAUUGAAUAACUUAAACACAUUAUUUUCCAAAAACUUUCUUAAUAAACUUCAGCUCCAAAAUAA